CUUUCAGCCCCGCCCUAACGCACCUCGCAGCCUGGCCGCCAGCCUGACCCAGAACCCCUGCCCCGGAGGGAGGGGUGGGAAUGUUUGCACGUGGGGCCGGGCGUCUGGGCCGCCCGGGAGCCUGCAUGCAUGGCUGUGUGCGUCGAGGAGCAGCGGCUUUGUUUGAGUGUGUGACUCUGCGUUACUGUUACUGUCACUGGGGUGUGUCUUUGACUCUGUAGUUCUCAGUGUGUCUGAGUGCAGGUGACUUUAGCUGGGACCCAUGGUGGCUGGGGUUGUGUGGUGCUGUGUAUCUCUGAGACCCAGCCCGCCCCCUGAAGCAUUGCCAGGAGUGCUGUUCUGUUGGAACUGCAGCUGGAGCCGUGGCCCAGGCCAGGCCCUUUCCUGCCAUGCUGGUGCUGGACCUGUCUCCAGGGCCCAGACGGUCCCUCUUCCCGAAAUCAGAGCCAGCAGUGCUGGGCAGACUCCAGAAAGUUCAUCCCAAUCCUUGAGGUCUUGGAGGAAGGGUGUCUUAUGCCCCUCCCUGUAUUUUGACCUUCCGCUCCAGAGGGAAAGAAUCCCAUAAACAUCUUGUUCAUAUUUGGGCCUCCUGGAUACUGAGGGCCACUUCCCAGCCUGGUCCUAGUUGGCCUGGCCUACUUGUCACUGGUACCUGUCCAACCAAACCACUGCCCACCAGGCUCCUGGGAGGACUGACUGAAGUCAUGAGUACCAAGCGCUCCUGCAUGGCCGGCAGCCGGAUGCCCGGGCCCAUCGGGCGGGCCGGCGGCCGCCUGCGGGAUGAGCAGACUGCUGGGGGGCACGCUGGAGCGCGUGUGCAAGGCUGUGCUCCUUCUCUGCCUGUUGCACUUUCUCGUGGCGGUCAUCCUCUACUUCGACGUCUACGCCCAGCAUCUGGCCUUCUUCAGCCGCUUCAGUGCCCGCGGCCCUGCCCGUGCCCUCCACCCAGCUGCCAGCAGCAGCACCAACUGCUCUCGGCCCAACACCACCGCCCCCAGCUCCGGGCUCCCCGAGGCUCCCAGUGCCCGGCCCGGCCCCACGGCUCCCGCCCUGCCUCCCUGUUCUGACUCGCCGCCUGGUCUUGUGGGCCGGCUGCUGAUUGAGUUCACCUCGCCCAUGCCUCUGGAGCGGGUGCAGAGGGAGAACCCGGGCGUGCUCCUGGGCGGCCGCUAUGCGCCGCCCGACUGCACGCCUGCCCAGACGGUGGCGGUCAUCAUCCCCUUUCGACACCGGGAGCACCACCUACGCUACUGGCUCCACUACCUGCACCCCAUCCUGAGGCGACAGCGGCUGCGCUACGGCGUCUACGUCAUCAACCAGCACGGCGAGGACACCUUCAACCGGGCCAAGCUGCUCAAUGUAGGCUUCCUAGAGGCGCUGAAGGAGGACGCCACGUACGACUGCUUCAUCUUCAGUGACGUGGACCUGGUCCCCAUGGAUGACCGCAACCUGUACCGCUGUGGUGACCAGCCCCGCCACUUCGCCAUUGCCAUGGACAAGUUUGGUUUCCGGCUGCCCUAUGCUGGCUACUUUGGAGGCGUGUCAGGCCUGAGUAAAGCCCAGUUUCUGAGAAUCAACGGCUUCCCCAACGAGUACUGGGGCUGGGGUGGCGAGGAUGACGACAUCUUCAACCGGAUCUCCCUGACUGGGAUGAAGAUCUCGCGCCCAGACAUCCGCAUAGGCCGCUACCGCAUGAUCAAGCACGACCGGGACAAGCAUAACGAGCCCAACCCACAGAGGUUUACCAAGAUUCAAAACACGAAGCUGACCAUGAAGCGGGAUGGCAUCGGGUCAGUGCGGUACCAGGUCUUGGAGGUGUCUCGGCAACCACUUUUCACCAAUAUCACAGUGGACAUUGGGCGGCCCCCAUCAUGGCCCCCUCGGGGCUGAUGCUAAUGGACAAAGGCUCCCAGUGCCAAGGAUUGCCUGCCAGAGGACUGACCUAUAUAGCCUGGCUGGCGGCUACUCUGUGGGGGAUCCCCCAGGACUGAGACUAUGGGCUCUGUUUUCGGAGGGUCUUCCAUAGGCCCCCCCCAGCUGCACCUGGAAGUUUCAGAACCUACUUUGGGGGACUUCCAACCUGGGCAAGCCCCUCCAGUGUGGCCCUCUCUGGGGUCAACCCUUCUUCUGCUCCUCCCUCCCCAGCCCAGCCCUCCCUCACUGUCAGGGUCGGGCCAGCCCCUGCACUGCCUCACCGAGUGGCCUGGGCUAGGUCACUCCACCUCUCUGUGCCUCAGUUUCUCCCCCCUUGAGUCCCCUAGGGCCUGGAAGAGUGGGAGGUACAACUAGGGGGCAGUGUCGCUUCCAGGGGGAAUUCUCAGACUUGGGGAUCCCCCGUGCUCCCAGGGGAGGGGAAACCUUUUUCAUUCAACAUUGUAGGGGCAAACUCUGGUGCGCCCCCUGCUGAGGAGCAGCCCCAGGAGGGGACCAGAGGGGGUGCUGUGUCGCUGCCUGGGAUCUUGGGGUUGAGCUUUGCAUGGGGGGCGGGUGGGGCUUAGAUCAGUCAGUCUGGUUCCCGCCUCCCUGUCUCAGAGAGAAGGCAGUAGCCCCCAGGGCCGGCUCGUUGUUUGUACAUUGCACAGAAACUUGUGUGGGUGCUUUAGUAAAAAACGUGAAUGGAGCA